AUGGAAGAGGAACCUUAUCACAACACCAGCACUGUCAAUGGCACCCCAGUAAGUCACCAGCCUCUGGAACACCACGGGUUGUGGGAGAUCAUCACCAUUGCAGCCGUGACUGCUGUAGUCAGCCUGGUCACCAUCGUGGGCAACAUCUUAGUCAUGAUCUCCUUCAAAGUCAACAGUCAGCUGAAGACAGUUAACAACUAUUACCUGCUCAGCUUGGCCUGUGCCGAUCUCAUCAUUGGGAUUUUCUCCAUGAACCUCUACACCACCUACAUCCUCAUGGGACGCUGGGUGCUCGGGAGUCUGGCUUGUGACCUCUGGCUUGCACUGGACUAUGUGGCCAGCAAUGCUUCUGUCAUGAACCUUCUGGUGAUCAGUUUUGACCGUUACUUUUCUAUCACAAGACCUCUGACCUAUCGGGCGAAGCGUACCCCAAGAAGAGCUGGCAUCAUGAUUGGCCUGGCCUGGCUAAUCUCCUUCAUCCUUUGGGCACCGGCGAUCCUCUGCUGGCAGUACCUGGUUGGGGAGCGGACAGUGCCACCAGAUGAGUGCCAGAUCCAAUUCCUCUCCGAGCCCACCAUCACUUUUGGCACUGCCAUCGCUGCCUUCUACAUCCCUGUUUCUGUCAUGACCAUCCUCUACUGCCGAAUCUACCGGGAAACAGAGAAGCGAACCAAGGACCUGGCCGACCUCCAGGGCUCUGACUCCAUGGCUGAAGCUGAGCCAAGAAAGCCAGCUCAGAAGGCUCUGCUGACAUCCUGCUUUAGCUGCCCUCAGCCCACGCUGGCCCAGAGGGAGAGGAACGAAGCCUCCUGGUCAUCCUCCCACAGGAGCACCUCCACCACUGGGAAGCCAUCCCAAGCCAUGGGGCCAAGCACCGAGUGGGCCAAAGCUGAGCAGCUCACUACCUGUAGCAGCUGCCCUUCCUCAGAGGACGAGGACAAGUCCACCGCUGACCCUGUCUUCCAAGUAGUCUACAAGAGCCAGACCAAGGAAAGCCCAAGGGAAGAAUUCAGUGCCGAGGAGACCAAGGAAACUUUUGUGAAAGCUCAAGCUGAAAAAAAUGACUAUGACACCCAAAAAUACUUCUUGUCUCCAGGUGCUGCUCAUAGAUCCAAGAGUCAGAAAUGUGUGGCCUAUAAGUUCCAAUUGGUGGUAAAAGCUGAUGGGACCCAGGAGGCCAACAACAGCUGUCACAAGGUUAAAAUCAUGCCCUGCUCCUUCCCAGUGUCCAAGGAUCCUUCCACAAAAGGCCUGGAUCCCAACCUCAGCCAUCAAAUGACCAAACGAAAAAGAAUGGUCCUUGUCAAGGAGAGGAAAGCAGCCCAGACUUUGAGUGCCAUUCUCCUGGCGUUCAUCAUCACCUGGACCCCUUAUAACAUAAUGGUCCUGGUUUCCACCUUCUGUGACAAAUGUGUCCCAGUCACCCUGUGGCACUUGGGCUACUGGUUGUGCUAUGUCAACAGUACCGUCAACCCCAUUUGCUAUGCCCUCUGCAACAGAACCUUCAGGAAGACCUUUAAGAUGCUGCUACUCUGCCGAUGGAAAAAAAAAGUAGAAGAGAAGUUGUACUGGCAGGCGAACAGCAAGCUCCCCUGA